GAAGGUCUUCGUCUCGAACCACUGGACGUGGCAGGCCGUAGCUGCUGUGGGCGGUUCGGUCGUGAGCAAGCCCUAUGACUGCCACGCCGGCUUGCGCAAUUGGGGCACGGGAUGGUCGGCGCCGAAGAAGACGUGGUGCUGUUCCCACGAGAAGGUGGGCUGCCCUGGCUACCACUACGCCGGCGCUGGGGGCGGUGGAAAAACCGUGGUCACGACGCACACCGUGGUUACAGGCGGCGGAGGUGGCAGCUUCGGCGGUGCAUAUUCAUUCCACGGCCAUCCUCCCUCCGCGGCUGGUUCCGGCAUGAUGUGGCACUGGUCCUCGUCUGGCGGCUCGGGCCACUGGGUCCAGGUCCACACGCAUGGCAACCUGCAAUUCGACUGCUUCGCCGGCGUCACGGCGGGCUGGUCUGGCGGGAAGAAGCACUUCUGCUGCCUGCACUUUGACAAGGGCUGCUGA